ACCAUCAUACCCGCCUCCGUGUUCCCGCCCCGCCGUCCUCUUCAAAACCCUAAUCCCUUUCUCUCACUAAAACAUCACAGCCCGAAAAUGGCGUUUCACAAUCACACACUGCGAAACCCGCCAUUUUCUCUCUCUAAAAGUAUGCUAUCAAACGGUCCACUAUCUCUCUCUGGAAUUCAGCUUCCAAAUCCUUUAAUGUCUCUCACUGCAACUCUACAGGGAUACCUUCAUUUUUCUCUCUGUAAGACCCUGCUCAGAAACCCGCCACUUUCUCUCUCUAGAAAUCUGCUCUGGACCCUGCCAUUAUCUUUCUCCGGAAAUCAUCUAGGAAGCCCAGUAUCGUCUCUCUCUAGAACUCAACUUAGAAACCCACCAUUCUCUGCCUCUAAAGCUCUGUUGAACCUCACACAAACCAGAACCAAAAUCACUUCAGUCCAAUAUGUAGAAACUAGACACAGAGACCACUCCUUUGAAAAAUUCAUGCAUGAUUACAAACACUACCUCAAGGUCAUAAAGAUUCAGGACCUGAUCCUUGCAAAUCCCGAUCUCCACCUAUCUCUAUCGUUCCUCUCAAAAUUGAGCCAAAAGCUUCAUCUAAAUAGAGGAGCUCCUUCAUUUCUAAGGAAAUUUCCCCAUAUAUUCACCAUCUUCUAUAACCAAACCUUAAAGGAACCUUUCUGCAAAUUAACAGACACUGCCAUGGCCAUAAUUCGACAAGAGAGUGAAGCCAUUGAAGCCUCUGAAACUCUCGUGAUCAACCGAUUAAGGCGCCUUCUGUUGAUGUCAGACACCAAAUCAUUGCCUCUGCGAGCCAUUUUCAAGGUCUGGAGAGAAUUGGGUCUGCCUGAUAAUUUUGAGCAUUCGAUUAUAGCGAAGAACCCUAUAAUUUUCUCUCUGAUUGAUGCCCAUGAACCUAACACUCAUAUUCUGAAACUCAUCGAUCUGGACCUGAAUUAUACUCCUGAACCAGCUGUAGAUAAAUGGAGGGUCGCUAACUAUAGAGAGAAAUCCAUGGAUGAAUCAGAGAUUAGGUUUGGUUUCAAGCAUGGGUUCCCACCUGGUAUGAAACUGAGCAAAGAAUUUAGGGCUAGGGUUAGAGAAUGGCAAAAGCUUCCUUAUUGGGGACCAUAUGAAGACAUCAGUGAAAUCAGAGUUAACAAGAGAUGGAAUAAGGGGAAACCAAAGGCUGCAAUCGCAGGACUGGAGAAACGAGCAGUUGCAAUUAUUCACGAGUUCCUGAGCUUGACUGUGGAGAAAAUGGUGGAGGUGGAGAAGAUAAGUCAUUUCAGGAAAUGGUUUCGGAUCGAUUUGAAUAUAAGGGAUUUGUUUCUUGAUCACCCUGGUUUAUUUUAUAUUUCGACAAAGGGAAAGGUGCAUACAGUUUUCUUGAGAGAAGCUUAUGAGAGAGGUUGUUUAAUUGAGCCAAACCCAGUUUGUAUUGCAAGGAGAAAGAUGCUUGAUCUCGUGUUAUUGGGGCGUCGUGGUAGUUGUAUGAUGGAUUCACAGUCGAAGGACUUGAGCACAACAGCGGAGGUCGGGAGUUAACAAAACAAAUGAUAGAGAAAAAAAGGGAGAGAAUGUGGGUUUAAUAGAAGAAAAGGGUGAGAGCAGGGGAAGGAAGGGUGGGGGGAAUUCAAUUGAUAAAUGAGGGAAAAUAUAGGAAGAAAGUGCAACUGAAUCAACAAGUAAAAGAUCAAACCAUUGAGGGCCCAAAAUGAGGCUGGGUCCUGUACAUAGAACCAAAGAUGGAAUUCACUGUUCUCUCUUACUCUAGGCACAAGACAUAGUCACAGAACAACGAACACUGCACUGUAAAAAUCUCACAGAGGAAACCAAAUGCCCAAAGCAACAUGUGCCACCUAUGUCAAAGGAAUGAUAACGGCACAUGGUCAGGUGCAUGGAAUGCGGCAGAAAACGCUACUGCAUUCUUGCUUAACAAGAUGAUUCAAUCAUGGAGUAAGCUACUAUGUGGAAAAUUACAAGAUUUAGGUUCUGGUAUUUUGCUUCUUUCUUCAUUCUUAUUUUGAACUCUGGAUAUUUUCCAAGAAGUUUUAAAAUGCAAACGUUAUUCUCAUGAAACUCUAGAGCUGUUACUUUUUUGCGUGCAUUAAGCUAUUAUUGUAGGGUUGAACUAGUGUUGGUAUUUGAGGGGUUUAUUUGAUGGUUAUCCGUUGUUUUUAUUGUUCUCGAUUCGCCGGACAUAGGCAUCUGCAGUUGUCAGGGGAGAGCAUAGAAGAGGCUUGUCCUGUCUGUUGUGGGUAUUGCAAUUGCAAGGCUUGCCUGCAUUUGAUUAAGAGCCAACAGGUCUUAGUGUCACAUAACCAUUUGCUGCUUAAAUAAAUUUUUUUGAGAUCUUUCUAGAGUUGCUGGUUUAAUGAUAUGCAAUUACGUUUGCACUUUUUGAUGUCCAAUCAUUUGUUGCUUAAUUUGCCAUUGUUUCAUAGUUUAUUUACCUCAUGGGUUACUUAGGAAUGUUUACUGGUGAGGGUAGAUUUUUUAUAAUCAUUCCCACCCUCGUGUUUCCAUUCGGAGCUAUCUGAAGGAGAUAACCAAAGAGGAGAAGAUUCGGCAACUUCAAUAUUUGGUACGCAAGAUCCUUCCUUUGCUGAAGCUAAUUCACCAAGAACAGGAAUUGGAGAAGGAAACAGAGGCUGCCAUCCAAGGUAUGGACCUGAUUAUAAAGAUUGAGAGUUCACAAACUGGCUAGGGUGCCUGUUCAAACUGACCUGACUGACGGUCUAACAGAUCCCAUUCAAUUGGUCUUAAAAAUUAGUAAAAAAUCUACAGAUUGGCAUGCAAAGUCCAAACCAGAUUGUUCCUUAAAGUAUUUGGCGUCAGACAUUUACUGAAUUCUUUGUAAUCUUUCAAUCUGAAAUUAUGAUUAUUGCUGUUUCACGCCCUAAUAGUUUCUCUGUGUGGAGGUGUUCCUCCAUCUGAAGUACAAAUACAACAGGCAGUAUGUCACAAUGAUGAGCACUUAUACUGGGAGGCUUUUCAUGCCUCAGUAAUUAUUGGAAUGUUAUGCAAUUUUUUGAUCUCUUUCCUUUAAAGUAUUGUUGACUGCGAUCGAUAUCUCUGGGUUUUGGUCCAGUGAUAACUGUAACACAUCUAUUGUGGAGUGUGGACCUCCAUUGCAGCUGCUGAAACCGUUCAUAUGACAUCCCUCUAAAAUGCUGCUGAGAUCUUUGUGAAGGCCUCAGGCUUCAAGGUGGUGAAGAGGACAGUUUUGAAUAUGUGUCGAAAGAGAGGUCUUAUUUGCAUGGUGAGGAGCCUCAGAAUGCCAGAAGGAUGAAAACAAAAUCUACUGACCUGAAAUCUUAUUCUUUGAAUGAAGAAAAUCUUGCACUCGAAUGUGAAUCUGAUAGUAGAGGCAGGGUCUCUUGCCCUCGCAAAAAGAUGCAGGGAUGUGGUUCUUGCCUUUGGAUUUAAGGUGUACAUUUGAGGAUGUGGCUACUGCCAUUUUGGCUAACAAUUAUAGAUCCUUAUGUGUCAGAUACUACUGUUCGGUGCUCUUGUUUCAUUGAAAGUGGCCAAUUGGCUGUUAGUUAGAAAAUGCUUCGAAAAGCAGCUGAUAGAGAAGAAUUUGAUGACAAUUAUGUAUAUUGUCCAACUGCUAGAGAUGUUCAUGAUGGAGAACUUGAGCACUUUCAAAUGCACUGGACCAAAGCUGACCCUGAGAUAGUUCGUAAUGUUCUCGACAAUACACUGGGUUUAAACUGGGAGCCGGUGGUCAUGUAUCGUGCUUUUCUCGAGAAGCCUGGCUUCAGAACUGCAAGGUGGUGUUUGAUGUAACGGCCAUUGACUGUCUGGAAUGAUGUGAGGUUGAUGUUAGUAUUCAUCAGUCUUUCAACGAUCGAUCGAAUGAUGAAAAGGAGAUCCGGGUCAUGUACCCAUAAGGUCCUCAACAAAUAUGCGACUUUCAAAUGAUCAAUUAAUUGUUUAGGGUUCUGGUAUAGUGCGUCACUUCUGGGGAUUGCGGUGAAUGCCCUAGCAUGAGCAGAUGUUGUAGGUUAAAGAUUCAUGAUAAGUUUUGGCAAAAUUUUAUGUUGGUUGCCUGCCGAACACAACCCAGCCCCUUUUCCCGGACGCAGGACAUGUUAAGGAAAAGUUUUAAGCAAAAUGUGGUUAUUAUAUGAGCAGAUGAAGGAAGAAGCUGGUGCGUCCUAAACAAGCAUUAGCAUACCAAGAAAGAUUUCUAAAUAGCGUAUGUUGAUGUGUAUGCAUGUGCGAAUCAUCAGGUUUGAGUCUCUUUGAACCCACUACUUAAAUUUGCAGAAAAAUGUGCAUUUUUCUAUGCUUUUGUCUUGAUAUUAAAAUUGACUGAACGUUAUGAAACUUAGCACUUGUGGUGGUUCAUUUGAGGCCACAUCAAUCAGCAAGCAUUUAUUUAUUUUGCUUAAUCUUUUCCAAAUCCUUUUUCCUUUGGGAAAGUAUAAUGAAGACCAUUUGUCAUUGGUACAAAAAGAUCACAAUCAUUGUAUUAGAUAUGAAAUUGGAUGUCUCAAAGUA